UCAGGUUUCACCUAAAGGUGGAGAGCGGGAUUCCGGCGGGCGGCGCUCGGCGCAGGUGGCGAAGCAUCCUCGUUCCUGCGGUGGGCUGCUGCUGCGGUUCCUCCAAUCAUGAGUCUGCGUCCCGAAAGGGCGAGCAUUCUUCCUUUGCUGCCAGAGCUUUAGCAAACUGUUCCCCAGAACCUAGGCACUUCAGACACUUCGUCUCGCUCCCCUUUCUGCUUUCACUGUAUAAAUCACCUACACAUCUUUAACCCUGUGAGUCUCUCCUCCGCUCCACGCUUAGAGAAGGGAUCGCGUCUCCAGGUUCAGACUAGAACGUCUCCGCGUACUGCGGGGAGCUGUCUAAGGUGCUGAAGCCGCCCAGGCACUGGUCUCCACCAACACCACGCAGGGUUAGAUCGCACAAUUUCACUUCUGUCUUUCUGGUUCCCCAUGCCUUGGAUAAGACUAUUUUCAAGAUCGUGAAUAUAUCUCUCCGUAUCAUGGCCCACGUGAGACACUUUCGGACAUUAGUUUCGGGAUUUUACUUCUGGGAAGCAGCCCUGUUACUCAGUUUGGUUGCCACAAAGGAAACAGAUAGUGCAAGAUCUCGAAGUGCUCCAAUGUCACCUUCUGACUUUCUGGAUAAAUUAAUGGGGAGGACAUCGGGGUAUGAUGCAAGAAUCAGACCCAAUUUUAAAGGCCCUCCAGUUAAUGUCACAUGCAACAUAUUCAUCAACAGCUUUGGCUCUAUUGCAGAGACAACCAUGGAUUACAGAGUGAAUAUUUUUCUUCGUCAGAAAUGGAACGAUCCUCGCCUUGCAUAUAGCGAAUAUCCUGACGACUCCUUAGACCUCGACCCCUCCAUGCUAGACUCCAUUUGGAAACCUGAUUUGUUCUUUGCCAAUGAAAAGGGUGCCAACUUUCAUGAAGUCACUACUGACAACAAACUACUCAGAAUUUUCAAAAACGGAAAUGUUCUUUAUUCAAUAAGAUUGACAUUAACACUUUCCUGUCCAAUGGAUCUUAAGAAUUUUCCAAUGGAUGUACAAACAUGUAUAAUGCAACUGGAAAGCUUUGGGUACACAAUGAAUGAUCUCAUUUUUGAAUGGCAAGAUGAGGCACCUGUACAAGUGGCAGAAGGACUCACUUUGCCCCAGUUUCUGUUGAAAGAAGAAAAAGAUUUGCGAUACUGCACUAAACAUUACAAUACAGGAAAGUUCACAUGUAUAGAAGUGCGAUUCCAUCUUGAACGACAAAUGGGAUACUAUCUGAUCCAGAUGUACAUUCCCAGUCUCCUGAUUGUUAUUCUAUCCUGGGUUUCCUUCUGGAUCAACAUGGACGCGGCUCCGGCCAGGGUAGCUCUGGGAAUAACCACUGUGCUGACUAUGACCACACAGAGUUCAGGAUCACGAGCUUCCUUACCAAAGGUUUCAUAUGUCAAAGCUAUUGACAUUUGGAUGGCAGUGUGCCUCCUUUUUGUGUUUUCAGCACUUCUGGAGUAUGCAGCUGUAAAUUUUGUAUCAAGGCAACACAAAGAACUUCUGAGAUUUCGGCGAAAGAGAAAGAAUAAGACAGAAGCUUUUGCAUUGGAGAAGUUUUACCGUUUCUCAGACAUGGAUGAUGAGGUAAGGGAAAGUCGAUUCAGCUUCACAGCCUAUGGAAUGGGACCAUGUCUACAAGCAAAAGACGGUGUCACGCCAAAAGGCCCAAACCUUCCUGUCCAGGUAAUGCCAAAAAGCCCUGAUGAAAUGAGGAAGGUCUUUAUCGACAGGGCCAAGAAGAUUGACACCAUCUCUCGAGCCUGCUUCCCAUUAGCCUUUUUGAUUUUUAAUAUUUUCUACUGGGUUAUCUAUAAAAUCCUUAGGCACGAGGAUAUUCAUCAGCAACAAGAUUAAGUCUCUGAAGGCAAGCAAGUGCAAAUGUCGAUUCAAAAGACAGUUUAUUUGCCAUAGGUGUGUGUGUGUGUUAUGUCUCUGUAUGUGUGUAUGUGUGUGUGAUAUACAAAUGAUGACCACUGUAUUAAACAACAUAAGGGAAAGGGUUAUAUUUUGGUUUGCUAUGCAAAGUCAUAAGACAGAUUAAGAUUCUUUUAAUGGAUAGAAAAUAUAUAUUAAGGAAUUAUAUUUCAUAUUAAUUAAAGGUGAUUUGUUUUUUCACAGAAAAUCAUAUAUGUGGAAGUUUUACUGCCAACAAGUUUAUGUUAUAUAAUAUCAUGUAAUAGACAUGAAACUACUUUUGAAUUUCUUUUUAAUUCAAUGCUACUGAAUCCUACACAAAGGCAAAAUUUGCACAGUAAAUUUUAUGAAAGGAAAAGGGGGGAAUAUGAUAAAAAUAAAAAUCAACGGCUGGAGAUGUAAAGCUAUUUCCUUAUAGUGUACUUAAAAAUAGGAAAAUAAUCAGUUAAUUCAGUGGAAAACUGACACAUAUUAAUAGAGGAUUGUACAUACAAACACUAUAGAACCAACAUAUGUAAUUAUAAAAAUUUUCAAAUUAGAAGAUAAAAUAUAGGACUUACAUUGUUUAGAAUACUAAGCUUAAUUGUUUAGAAGACCAAAUUUCCCUCUAUGCAAAUUUAAAAUGAGUAACAUAAGAGAUCAUAUUACAUACAAAAUCUACUUUUCUCAAACUCUACAUCUCUAGGAAUGAAGAUGGAAAUACUGAAAACAACUGUUUUUAAAUAAGUGUUAUAGCUAUAUAUUUUUAAUUAUUGCCAAACACUGAAAACUUCAAGCCAGCACCUUUGUUUUUAUUAGAUUUUUAAUAGCUGCUUAACUGUUGGUAUGUGGUUGUGUUUAAUGUUUUGAUGUAAUUAAAUAAAGUUCAGUAAGACUUUCAUAUUUUAGUUUAGAAUGAGACUUUAAAAUUUCAUGGGAUUAAAGUAUAUACAUUUUGAUAAAAAUGAAUUCAAGGAAAACAAAAAUGAAUUCAUAAAAGAUGUUUUUAAUAAGAAUAGUUUUCCCAUCAAAGUUAUAUGGGUUCAAACUCCUAUCUCUAAAUAUAAGUAGGAAAAUUUUAAUUCUAAGUGAUAUAAAUAACUCAUUUCUAUAAAGUUAGGAUUGUUUUAUAUAUCUGACCUAAUGAUUUCAAAAUAUAAGCCAUUCACAAGUUGUGAAUAAUUUUAAAUGACAUUUUUACAUAAAAUUUAUCAAUGACCCUAUGGGAUUAUAUCAACUAUAAUGGGGCAUUAACUCGUUUUGUGCAGUGUAAUCAGGUAUAAAUGUAUGACAGAGUUGUUGGUUAAAUUUAACCAGACUCUGAUUCUUUUUAAGUUUUGAUAUUAUAUUUUUAAAAUUAUUUUUUACCACCAAUUCUGUGUUUUAAAAAGCUUUAAAAUGCAUCUUAGAUAUUUUAAUUGGUCAGAUACACCAAAUGGAAACUCAGUAUACCAAAUUAUUGACAGAGAAAAGUGUAAACAUUAGGAGAACAGUUAACUCAGAUAUAAGAUAGAAAAGUAAAUCAGUUCUUGAACCAGAUGGUACUAUUUUCAGACCUUCCACCACUCUCAAACUAAAAGCAAAAACUGCCAUUUAAAACUAUAAACUUUUCAAUGUUACUGAACUGGAGCUAUCCCAUUGUAAUUUUUUAAAAUAUCUAUUUAAAAAAUACAUUCAGUAAAAUACAUUUUGCUAGUAAAAAUCCAAGCUCUCCUUCUUUAUAAGUAAUUUGAAACACUACAAGGAAAAAAAUAUCAUCAUUUUGGGCAUUAUAUGCAAGUGCCACAACUAAAAUAAUGUGUUACUAUGUACUUUCUUACUUUGAGGACUGUUUAUCCAAAAGCUAAAUAUAUGCUUCUUCAUUUGAUGUGUAUGAACCAAAACCAUGGAAAUAUAUUCUUGUACUAAAGAUUAGAGCAAGACAUGUUGUGUGCUUCCUGAGAAUUAGGAAAGGCUGAAGUAAUGAUAAACUAACUACAUUGUCUCAAUAUGCCUCUGAAAUACUUGAAUACAUUCCUUGAUACUUUAUACAUCUUAAAAUUUUUUCCAACAUUGCUUAAAUUAAGUGAAUUCUACCAUAAGCAAACAGAAAUAUAAUAAACAUAAACAUGAUACUUCUAAAAGACACUCAUAGACAUCACUGUUUUCACAUUUGAGGAUAUUAAAGAUGGCUUUACAUCUGAAACUUAGAAUGUAAAAAUACCAACCAUAAGACAAUUUGUCAACAAUGGUGUUGGUACACUAGAAUUCUCUCUGUCUCAAAUUACUACACUUUCCUUAGGCAUAAUUUCUAUUUCCCAUUACACUUGUUACUGUCAGUGAUUACUACACUAAGAAACUAUAACAGCCUUUACUCACAAGACAACAGUGACAAGGAAAACAUGGCUGAAUCCAAAAUGUUUAAAGGAACAUAUCUCCUCUAAUGAACUCCUAUAGACCCUUUAAAACUGUAAAACUACAUUGUAAUUAGCAACCUGCGAUAGUAUUUGCCUCAGUAAGCCCUGUGUCAAACUAGAAUAUUUCAAAUUAAACCAACCACAACAUUAUUGAUGAGAAAUUAAAAAUGUGUGCAUAAACAUUAACUACCAUUAGUUGGAAUUCUAAUAUAGAUACUCUAAAGUAUUUUGAAAUAGCCACAUUAGAAAAUAUGGGAUUUUUGUGCAAGCAGUUUAUAUCACUUUUUUAAAAGAAUUAUGUAUCUCAAUCAUUGAAAUAUUUGGUUCCAUAGCACUUUUAGGAAAUCUUGUGCCUUAGCAUAUAUGUGCCCAACUUUUUUUUUUCCCCAACCGUUAAAACUGGACUUAAACUAUAAUGGGGCCCUAGAAUUUUCUUUACUUCUUAAAAUAGAUUCCAGACUCGCUGUUUAAGCAAGAAAGCCAAGAGUCUUUAAAACUUCUCUAUCCUUUCCCGAAGUUUCUCCAUGACACCUGGAGAGCCCAUUCAACUCUCAGCUGCUAUAUUAGGAAUCAUUAUGAAUGCUCAUCUUAUUCUAGAAUGAAUUCCUAUUCUAUGGGUAUAUUCUAAUAACCUUUAUCUUAAUUUUGAAUUAUAAAUGAUUAAACAUCUACAUAUCCUUAAGAUAUAAAUAGAUCUAUUAGUUCAUGAAUGCCUAAAAUGUUAUGGAAGAUAAUGGAAAUUUUACAACAAAAUGUGAAAAAAAUAAGCCAAAAUGUUUAACAAAAGAAAGCAAGCUCUUAACUACUUUAGUACUCUGUGCAAUGUAAGUAGUUAUAAUACUGGGAGAAAAUUUGGGUCUACCUUUCAUAACUUAUACAUCCCUUUUCUUAGUAUCUUUCAUGCCGUUUAAAAAUAUAUACUUUUCUAUUCUUCUUAACCUGACACACCUUAAUUGCUAGUUACUUGAGAGGAUUGAAUAUUUUAUCAGCAGCUAAAUUUUCCUUUCAUCUAUAAAGUACACAUUCCAUGAAAUGGACUUGAGAGAAUUUGGGACUUGCCAAAAUUCAAAUAGAAAAUAUUUUCAAUAUUUUGUAAAUAGGAAACUAGGAAAUUGGCAAUACUGUAAUUCAGAGGUAUCUCCUAACAACAACUUAAAGCACUCUAAGAACAAAACUGUGUGAAUGAAAAAUAUGCCUAAUGACCCUUAGACAGAUCAUUAACAAUCUUUGAAGUCAUAAUGUGUCUUAUUCCAACAUAGAUUACACACAGGUUACAACACAGAUAAUAGCAUAAACUCUCAAUUUAUCAGCAUAUAUACCACCUGUGUUUCUCAUCUAGUUGAUGUUGACCUAGCAAAGUAUAGGACAAUUCCAAGUAUAAGACAAUCUGGUGCUUUUUAAUGCAGAUGUUAGAAGACAUAGUGUAUAUGGACACACAAAUUCUCUUUUGGUUGAAUGCAAAUUAAAAUAGCCAUAAUAUCCAUUGCACUUUUAUUCCUGUAUAAGAGACAGCUUCUUCAGCAGAUAUAAUACAUUGGUUUAUAUUUUUUAAAUCGUGAACUACAAAGAGUGGUAAAAUAUAUCAAUCUUAUUUUAUUUUCAUUAUUAUAUAGACUUUGCAUGAAUAAAUAUUGUACACUACAAACUGUAUUAAUUUUAAGCUUUUAUCCCAGCCCCAAUUCCUCUUUAAAAACAGUGAUACUAAAAAGUGAGCUUCCACAGGGAGACAGCUGGUAUUCUAAUUACUAAAAAAGUAAGGUGAUGCAUGUUCUUCCUUAACAAAGAUCCUUAGAGCCCAUGUAUAAAAUAUAACUUCCUACAAUUUAAAAGUAACUAGGGCAGGGAAAAUAUUCUGGACAAACUUCUCCCAGAAACCAGGUCAACAGAUAUAGAAAUCCCAAGCUAGUAGCUAGAUGAUCUUACCUGAUUUUUUGAUCUAUAUUUUCCAUCUUAAUGCUGCCUUCAUCUUUCCCUUUUUCUUUACACACACACACAUACACACAUGCACACAUACAUACAAUUAUAUGUUGGUAAUGGGCUAAUUCCGUCAAAUUAAAAAUACAAAGGGAGUCAACUUUAUUGGGAAAAGGUCCAUAAUUCUUUUUACAAUAUUUUACAAUAUUUUACAAUAUUAAGUGAUUCUUGGUAGAAAACACGAAUAGUACAGUCAUUUAAUUUGGCCAUCUUUUAAUCAUGAAAUAAUAUUUUGCCUCAAAAAUAUAUAAACAAAGAUAUCCAGAUAAAAUAUUUUCUCUAACUCUUAAAAUGGAAUUCUAAAAAAUUAUUUGGACUGUCUUUAAAGAGUGACUAAAUACUUGGCAAACAGUUCUUCCAAAAGAAAACCAGUUAAUAUUGGAUGACUUGGCAGUGUCUUAACAGGUAGUUUUCUCAGUACUUUUUAUGGUUCACAAAUAAGCAAAAUAAAAGAAGAAUUGUACAGGUGAUGGAGCAUUAUUUUUUAAAAAGUCAUCAUUCUGAACGCUGGCUGUAUAUUGGAAUCUCUUAGAUGUUUUAAAAAAUAUGUACAUGCUUGGUGUCUAACAUAGAUUAUGAUUCAAUCAUCAACUAAACACAUAUUCACUGAGCACCUUAGGUGUGCCUGGCACUGUUCUAAGUGCUAAAUUCACUGUCUCUUGAGUAACACAUAAAAAAUUCUGGAUUAUUGACAAAAUUUCACAAGUGAAACAACUGACAUGAACAUACACAAGCCUUUUCUUUUAGUAACAUUCAAUUUAACACUUUAAUUUUAUAAUUUUUUCUUUCUUCAAGCAAUCCAUUUUGUCUCUCAUUUUUAUUCUUAGAAUUAAAAAUAAACUGUUGAGGUGUUUCAGUUCCCAUUUUCCUCCCAAUGUCAGAAUCUUAACCUUUACAUUGUUUACAUUCUUAGCAUCCCUGUAGCAAUGGGUAGCUCAUUGCUCUGAAGGCAGCCUGCUCAUUGUAGCAUAACUCUCUAUGAUAAAAAACGUUAACCUUCAUCAAGAAAUGACUUUUUACUUCCUAAAAUAAUAAACCUAUUCCAUUCCGAGAAGACAGCCCAUAAUAUACUUUCUCAUAUCAGUAUUUAAAUGUAAUCAAUAUCAUUUUUCAACCCCUUAUCAGUAGCUUCAUUUUUAGUUAAGCCACAGAUAAGAGCACUUUAAGUAUUAAAAAAUGAUGAUAUAUUUCUAGGUUUAUAAAAUAAUGAAAUAUAAAAUUAUUGCCUACAUGAUAAAUAGAAAUUGAUAGAAAUUUCUAUGUAAAUUAUUUCCAGUAAUCUUAAAUGUCUUCCUGUAAGUUAGCAAUACCUUUAGAUUAAAUAUUUAAAAAUUUAUUUCAGAUAUAGACAUUAUAUAAAACCAUAGAAAGUAAUAUGAAUUUAAAAAACUAUCAGCCAAACAAUACACAUUUUUGAGUAAACUAUAAUAAAAAGUCAAUGAAUUGAUUAAAUUGUUUUAUUUAAAUAGUUGAUUUUUCUCUGGGGUGGUUUCUGUCAAGGUGCCUUUGGGCAGCCCUACUUACAUAUACAUUACCCAGCCUGGCUUGUUAAUAUAGGAAGAUGCAAGGAGCUGAGGCUUAAAUGCCAGGAAAGGAUUCAGUUGUAAAACUGUACUUGAAUGUGCUUGAAUAAUUUGCACUCCUUCGCUUUUAUCUCCAUGAAUUAUGCAAUGGCCAUUCCUUAAAUCUGUAUUGUAAUGUAUGACAGAUGAUAAUUCAGGGGGGAAAACAGAGUGGAGUGCCAUGACAUUCCAUGGAUAUAAUAUAAUGUGCUGUGAAAAACAAAACAAAAAAAAUGUGCCAUAUAUUUUCCAUGUAACAUCAUAACAUGGUAUACAGUGACUUCAUUAUGAGUGAGCCAAGAUGUUUAAAGGACUACCAAAAAAAGUAUUGCUAUUUUAGUGUGUUAAUUAUUUUUCUGUCUUGAGUCUUAUGUCUCAGUCUUUCUUGCUGUCCAGAUAAUAUCAUAUUUUUCCAAGAAAUUAUAUUGAAAAUAUAUUUAAAAAUUUAUGCACGAUUUUAUCAACUUGUUUUUCAUUAUAUUAUCUUUAGUUCAAUUCUGAAACUAACAAACUAUCAGAGUCAUUAACUCGUGAACGGUAUAGUAUUUAUCUUGUAACUGUACGUUUGAUCAAAACCA